CGGCGCACAACGUCACUCACUCGUGUAUCUAUAGUUUCCUUCUGUUUUGAAACCCAAGCCUAGUGAAUUAGUUCUUGAAAAUAAUUGUUAAGGUGGUUUAAAAGUGCUCUAAUUGUUGAUUAAAAUAUAGCUACGAUGGAAAAGAGAGUCGCCUUGGAAUUACGGGGAAGAAACCCUUCACAGGUCAAGGAAUUGAACCUCGAUAACUGCAGGAGCACCAAUGUUGUUGGUCUCACAGAUGAAUACACAAACCUUGAAAUUCUAAGCCUUAAUAAUGUUGGGCUUACAACUCUCAAAGGGUUCCCCACACUUCCCAAACUGAGGAAAUUAGAACUCUCAGAUAACAGAAUAUCAAAUGGACUAAAUUUCCUCAAUGGCUGCCAAAAACUCACACAUCUGAACUUCUCGGGUAACAAAAUCAAAGACUUGGAAACACUGAAACCUUUGGAGGAAUUUAAAAAUCUAAAGAACCUAGACCUCUUUAACAAUGAUGUUACUAAUAUUGAGGACUACAGGAACAAGGUGUUCGCCUUACACCCAGCUCUAAAAUAUUUAGAUGGUCUGGACAAAGAAGAUCGGGAGGCCGAAGACAGUGAUGCCGAGGAAGAGGAUGAAAUGAAUGGAAAUAAUGACAGUGAGGAGGAUGAUGUGGACAUAGAUUUGGGUCCGCUGGUGAUUGACGAUGAGCCCUCAGAUAGGCCACCAGAGAGCAGAUCCUCUCUUCCUGUUGUAUUGUACACAAUUUACGGCCUGCUAUUUCACAUGGGGUAUAUUACCAAAAAGUCUGAAGUCGAGGAGGAAGAGGAUGAUGACGAAGACGAUGGUGAGAUCUCACUAAGUGCAGUCUACAAUGAAAACCUUGAAGAGGAGAGCUCAGACAGCUCCGUGUACGAGGGCUCGGAGGAUGAGGAGGAGGACGACGACGAUGACGAGGAGAUUGACGCGGAUCACAAGUCAAAGCUAGACGGGGAGGACGCAGACGGCGAGCCGGAGGAGAGCACUCGGGGUAAAAAGCGGAAACACGACGACGACGAAGAGAAUUGAGGGUUGCCUUAAGCGGAGUUAUCUUACUAGUUCGUAAGUGUACAGCCUCCGAUGCAUCGGACAAUAAACUUGAUCACAACAGAGGUACAGUCACCCUCAUAAACUAGUUGGCAGUUGUGAGACUAUAUCGCAGGAGUUCCCAACCAGUAGCGCGUUGAAGUCGGCGUAGCGAAACCAUUAUAAAAAAAAACGGGACAUGAAAAUAUUUUUGCAAUAAAAGUUGAGAACCCCUGUUCUAGCGGCACCCUCUGGCUAGCGCACCCGCUUCUCUUAGUGUUAACGCGCCUCGGCGCCACCAAAAUGUUUUCUAUCAUUACGAUGUUGAUGUCUUUUGCGUGUAAUCUGUAGUUUGUUGUCCGACAAGUUAAUGUUUCAAUAAAAUUGUUUAUGUAGUAAUAUUUUUUUAUUCUAUUGACAUACUUAAUUUUAGUCUAAUCAUUGAAAUGAAAGUGCAAGAAACUAGCAUUAAAUUAAAAUAGCUCUCAAAAGUUUUGGUAUCAAUUAUAUUAAAAUUAGACUUAAGGUAAAGGAACAAGACAGUAAAUUAUUAGUGCCCUUGGAAUCCAUUCUAGUAUUAAAUUUAAUGUAGAGACUUGCGGCUUUUUUCCAUGUUUUUGUGACUAAGAUAGUUUAGACCAAAGUUGCUGUUGGAAAUAAGCCGCAAGCAAGAUUUUGAGAGUUUUGGCAGCCAGUAUGACGAAAUUAAUGAUGAUGAAAUAUACACAAUAAAGGCAAACUAGUUGCAAAUGACAACACUUAUGAUUAUCGCCUUGGCAUACCAUACAACAUUGACAUGGACCACCCUUAGAGUUCAUUGUAAACAACAUGGUUUCUAUUAUUAACUUAUCUAUAUCUUUGACAAAACGUCUCGUCGAUACCUAAAUUUAGACGCUGAAGCAUUCUUCAGUAGUUUUAUAUUGUAAUAAUUUAAUAUUAAGUUUUGUUACUUUGUAUAUGUGGAUUUUUAAUGUUUAGCAAUCUCACUACUGAUAACUGAAACGUUUAUCAGUAUCACUAAAUUCCAAUGGGCGUAGUAAAUUAAAACAAUCAAAUCUUUGACAUCAACAUGAGUUCAGAGAGUAUUUUUCUACAAUCAUUUUAAUCUUAAUGAAAGAGCAAUGAAUGCACUUUAGAAUAUCAAUGAUAAUAUGAGAUGUUUGGUUGAUGCAACGUAGUAAACGUGCCAGAUAUGUUGAAGAGAAUUUUAGUUAAUAAUUUUAUUGUAUUAUGUAAGUCAUUAAGUUUAAGUAAUUUACAACUUGGCCUGUUGAUAUAUAUUGUAUAAUCCUAUUAAGAUUUUUAUUUCUGGGAUUGUAAAAUAAAAACUUAAACUUUAA